GAUUGCCCGGUCAGCCCGCCAGACGCUGGAGGGCGAUACUCGUAGGCCAGGUCGCCGCACGCUGCGCUGUCUACGCUCUACAGACUUUUACUGGAAGCAGGAUGUCGUCGAGUGAUUCUCUGGGUCCACCUGCCACCUUCCUGGGCGACUACCACAUGAAGUUCAUUAAAAGACUGACGUCAAGCAAUCUUUUACGGAGACCUCAUUUCACGAUCUUGAAGAACAACCUCAAGUGCAGGAUUUAUCCCUUUUCCUUGAGAAGUGCUGUAGCUGCCUGUGCCGUCACCGUGGCGUUGUACAUGUCAGAUGUUGGAGUAAUACCGCAGAUGGUUGAUGGAGCAGUCACUCAUAUUGAAAGAUGCCAUGAGGAUGAGGUGCAGUUAAGAACUUGCAAAACGCUGACGAGUUUGAUGCUGGGGCUCGUCCUGUGGAUGAUAAUGGUGACGAGCGUCCGCUACUCGCUGAGUACCCUUCUAGUCUACAAGGGCUGGAUUUAUGAACGAGAAGGAGGUUCUAAGCCGUCGCUACCGACAAAGCUGUGGUUCGCGCUGCUGAAGGCGCUGACGUUCAAGCAGCGCCCCAUGCUCUGCAGCUACCAAGGCGUGCUGCCCAAGCUACCUGUGCCAGCGCUGCGUGACACUGUCCGACGGUAUCUCCGCACCGUCCGUCCACUCUAUGAUGACGUACAUUACGCUCUCAUCGAGAAACUAGCUUAUGAGUUUGAGAAUGGUGUAGGACCAAAGCUUCAACGAUAUCUAAUGGCGAAAUCGUGGCUGUCCGAAAAUUACGUCUCUGACUGGUGGGAAGAAUACGCCUACCUGCGCUGCCGCGCUCCAAUACUCAUCAAUUCAAAUUACUAUGGCAUCGACCUCAUCCUUGCAAAUCCAACACACGUGCAGUCCGCUCGUGCUGGAAUGCUAAUCCACAGAUUUAUGAAAAGUCAGAAGAAAAUAUUAUACCAGACGCAAGACCCGCUUCUGAUACAACGAGUCAUUCCCUUGUGUUCGUCGCAAUAUAUGCAACUUUUCAACACGACAAGAGUACCAGGAGAAGAAACAGAUAGACUUGUACAUUACGAAGACUCAGACCACGUUGUUGUCUAUCAUCAGGGACGUUACUUCAAACUGAUCGUGUACUGCAACGGACGAAUUCUUGAGCCAUGCGAAAUUGAACAGCAGAUAAUACAGAUUCUGCAGGAUAGGAGUCUUCCAGCUAUUGGCGAAGAGAAGGUCGCGGCUCUGACUGCUGGGGACAGACCUCAUUGGUCAAGAAUCCGCCAAAAGUUCUUCUCCUACGGAGUCAAUCAGCAGUCUCUGGAGGACAUAGAAACGGCUGCGUUUUUCGUUGCGCUCGAUGACGGUGCACUCGAGUUCGACGAGAAUGAUCCAAGGAAACUUGAGAAUUUCGGCCGAGUUGGCUUUCAUGGGAAAGGUUAUGAUCGCUGGUUUGACAAGUCAGUCACUCUUGUCAUUGGAUCCAACGGACAUGCCGGAUUCAAUGCAGAACAUACAGGAGCGGAUGGUGCAGCAAUGGCCCAGACAUGGGAAUACGUGUUACAAGCAGAGGUGCUGGCAACAAGAGACAAAUCAUAUUAUAGGUCAGAUGGGCACACUGCAGGAACUCCGAAAGUCGUUCCUCCUCCACCAACGCGACUGCAAUGGGAUUUGGAAGAUUGUGUUGAUGCUAUCGAGUCUUCAUACCAGGUUGCUUGUGAACUUAUCAGUGACCUAGACUUACGGAUCCUAUACCACAACGCAUAUGGGAAAGGUUUCAUAAAACAGUGCGGUGUAAGUCCUGACGCUUACAUUCAAAUGGCCCUACAACUGGCUUACUACAGGGACGUUGGGAAGUUUACUCUCACGUACGAGACUUCGACGACGAGGUUGUAUCUUAAAGGCCGGACAGAAACCGUUCGCCCGUGUACGAUGGAAUCUGUUGCCUGGGUGAAAGCCAUGACGGAUAAGAACUAUUCCGUGGAAGAGAAGAUGUCUCUACUGAAGGCAGCAUGUGCAGUGCACAUAAAAAGCUGCAAAGACGCCAUGUGUGGUAAAGGAGUCGACCGCCAUCUUUUCUGCCUAUACAUUUUGUCAAAGUAUUUGAAGACUGAGUCUCCAUUCCUUCAGGAGGCACUUAGUGAACCAUGGCGACUGUCGACUUCUCAGACACCACACAACCAAAUAGGAAAGGCGGACCCUAGGAAAAUUCCCAACUGUAUUACGCCAGCAGGGGGCUUCGGUCCUACUGACAAGGAUGGAUACGGAGUUUCCUACAUCAUCUCUGGAGAAGAUGUACUCUUCUUCCAUGUAACAAGCAAGCGCAGCUCUCCUGUAACGGACUCCACCAGAUUUAGUAAUGGUAUCAAAACCGCUCUUACAGAUAUGAGGAAUUUGUUUCUGCAAUGGAAGGAGAUAAAUAAAGAGAAGAAAGCUUUCAAAACGUGAGGUACGAGAAGGUCCUGGAAUGGUGAACACAUCAGAAAAUGUGCAAAAAACGUGGUUCCACUACGGACGUAUAUAAUAAACUAUUUUUUGUACGCUGUGAAAAUACCGCAUCCACAUACUUUUUCCACCACGUAAUGUCAAGCAACAAACAGAUGACGACUGCCGAUGAUGAUUGACAGUAUUCCUUCAGUAUCUGGAGACAAGCAGAUUUUCCCUGAAGAAAACCGUGUGACGUACGAAGCAAAAUUCGUUUAGUUGUUGUCUUCAGAGCCGUUUAGUUGUUGUCUUCAGAGCACAAAUAUAUUAGAAUGAUAUGCAUCACGCUCUUGAUAGUGCUCUGCUCCAUCUGCGACCAUGUUCUGUUUAACCUGCUGCAAAUCACAUUUUAGACAAUUGCAACAAUGUUGAAUACCUAGCAGAGCCAUCUUAGACUACAGUUAGAUAUUUGGUCUGACAUGAUACUCAGCAUGUCAGUAGCUCAGUAUGAUGUCGUGUCAGCUAUUUCCGUUUACAUCUAACAGUCUAAGAGCCGGACGGAUGACGGCAUACAGCUAUCUUGGUAGUACAAUCUAGGCAAAAUGCUCAAGAUCACGUGCAACAUAGCGCUACUUCUAAAGCUACCUACUUUGAAACAUUUUCAUUGCAUACGAUUGUCGAGGAAAGCAACUUAUUGUCGAAAAAAAUACUGUUUAUCACUUAUGGAAAUUUUUUCCAGUAACUUCCAAUAUCUUUAUCAAUGCAAUAUAAAAAUCUACAAACUAUAAUCAGACUUGUGCAAAUGUUUGGGGCGCAGAGGAGUACAUGGGGCUUUGGAUGUUCCUUAGAGCCUCGUCUGCUGUAAAUAGAAAUUGUAAUAAUUAAAUCAAAAGAAACUACAGAUUAGCGGCUACGACUAUACAUGCCCACGAGAGAGAGGAAGACUGUUUGUCUCCGUACCAAGAGUGCCGGAAGCUAGCUGACGAGUGUGAAAAGUAAGUGUGCAGGCGAAAGUGUCAGUCCAACAAAAUGGACAGUGAUCUCAUCGGGAGACAUGUAAGGAGGUCCGAAAGCAUUUUCUGUGACUGUGGGCGGAAGUCACAGAAAACACGUGGCUGCUGGGGCGAGUAUUCACAGGGAAGCCACCGCCGCAGACUGAUCAACAGCUUCAUGGCGGAAGCUCAGCAGAGCUGCUUACGUUUUCCUUGCAAGGAAGAGCAACGCCAAAGCCACCAAUCACUGCAGUUAGUCUGCAUGAAGAAUUUUCUUUUCUAAGUCAGCUUACGCCAGUCAGUACAAGAAGUUUAGAAAAAUGUCAAUGACCAGUGAAAGAAACUGAUAUUCCUGACAAAUAUUACGUUAUACACUGAACUACUGUCGAUAGUAUAAAAUAUUUUUCUCGAUGUAUCCAGUGAGAGUAUUAUUUAUUUGUAAAGUUGUUACUUUUAUAAUAAAUUGUUACCAGGUUCUAUGAAUAAAAGUUAUGCGG